AUGGCUGAUGAAACAAGCGACUGCGGCCAUCAUGAGCAGAUAUCAGUUAUAGUCAGAUUUUAUGAUGAAUCACUAAAUAAACCAGUUGAAUAUUUUGUCUGUAUGCAACGUCUUACAGCUGUAGAUGCACAAUCUAUUUUUAAUUCACUGGAUGGGAUUGUAGUAAACCAAUUAGGUCUAAGCUGGCUAGAUAUUAUAGCCGUGUGCUUUGAUGGAGUAUCUACCAUGGCAGGAAACAUAAAUGGUGUUCAAGCUAAAUGCAAAGAAAAAAAUUCAAAAAUAUUUUAUGUUCAUUGCCAUGCUCACUGUUUGAACCUGGUAUUAAUAGAUUCUAUAGAAGCCAGUUGUAUCCGUCAUUCUAUAUUAGAAACUGUAGCAAACCAAAUAAAUUUAAAAUUAAAAACUUUGAAAUCGAUUUCGACAACAAGAUGGGCAUGUCGAUAUGAAGCUGUAGCAGCAGUAAAAAAUAAUUACACAGCAAUAAUCAUUGCUAUCCAAACGAUUUGUGAUACAACCAAACAAUCCGAAGUUAGAGCAAAAUCUAGAGGUUUAAUUUUGCAAUUAAAAACUUUUGAUUUUAUAUUUGCUUUAAAUAUGCUUCAUCCUAUACUAUUAUUAAUUGUCAAAGUUAACUCGUGUUUACAAGCUGAAGAAUUAAAUCUAUUAACAUCUACAAAUUUGAUUCAAUCUUUAAAACAAAAAUUAUACCAGUUAAGAUCAGAUCCUACAUUUUUUAAUGAUAUUUAUUGUGACACUGUAAAGCAUUGUGAAGAAAAUAAAGUGGCGAUACCCAAAGUAAGAAAACGUAAAAUAUCUACAAAAAUUGAUUAUUCUGCAAACAAUCAAUACUUUGCUGAUACGAAAGAAAAAGAAUUGAGAGUUUCAUGUUUUAAUGUUGUUCUAGAUGAUUUACUUAACGGCUUAAAUAAUCGCUUUAAUCAAGAAACUUUAAAUCUUAUCCUUGCCGUAGGAAAUGUUUUAAAGCUUGAACCAACUAAAGAAAAUCUUCUGUGCUUAGAAAGUGCUUUUGAAGUUGACAGCAACGAUUUAAAUGGGGAAAUUCAACUUCUACGAAAUAUACCUGGUGUUCCAUUAGGUUCCACUACAAAAACAGUUGUAGUAACCAGUGAUGGUUGCUGCACGCUUCUUUUACGACGAAUGCACGUUCCGUCGUAG